GGAGCAGCACGCAGCUGAGCCUGCAUCUGCACAAACACUCUGUAAACUGGAUCUCUUAUCCUUGAAGGAUCUGCGCUACCCUAGGGCAAUGGAUGUAUCGCCCACCAUUGCCACAUCAUUGCCCUCUCCGCGUCACACCGUUGCCACGUCCUUGCCCUCUCCGCGUCACACCAUUGAGGCCUCGCCGCCAUCAGGGCGCUCUCUUUCCUCCUCACCUAUUUGGAAAAAGUGCGACUUUAUCUGGGAAAUGACAUUUCACACCAUCAAAGAUCUUGGGGGAUAUUUCCGCACAUUUCCUCAUGUGGGUGGACCGUUUCAGAGUAAAGAUGAAGCUUACAAGGGUAUUGCUCGCUACCUUGCUGAACACGAGGAUCCGUCAAUAGGUCGUGGCCUUUCUGAAGUGGAUAAGCUUAUACAACACUGCCGUUACUUUCCUGAUGGCACAAAGAGGCGUUUGAAAGCAGGACAACAAAUUGAUAAAAGGCGUGAUGCGAAUUACCAAUUGGUUCAAGCUGUGUUGUACAAGUACAAUGAGCAUCACAAUCUUUCUGGGGAUCGUGCAUAUGAAGUCAAAUAUGUUCCGGAUAAGCCAGUACGUUGGGAGGAAGAGAACUGUAGGAUGUACAUUCAUAUGAAUUUCACUGCAAAGACCAAAGUUUCUGAUGAUAAUAUGUUCUUUACUGAAAUCACACAUGGGACCGGAAAAGGUGGUGAAUUAACGGUGAACUGUUGCUGCAUUGUCAAACAUCUUGAUAAUGGUCCCUGCCUUGGUUGUGAAACUUCUGUGAAGCACCCUAAUGAUGGUAAUGCAUAUACUGGUGGUCGCAUGAAUGCCACAUAUAGCCAACCAUUCGGUCCUAGUUGGUGCCGCGACUACAAUGAAGACUCUGAUGAAGAGGUGGAAAGACUGAGAUUUCUGUUUGGGGUAACGAUAUAUUCUUCUGCAGGAGCUCCAGCCACUGCCGGCGUACCACUUGAGGUUUAGGCAAACUUUGACUGGCACUUCUGGCCAAUAAAGUUGACAUCGUGGGUCAUGCGCUGAAGAGAAGCAGGCCGUGUGGUGGGAGACUACAGAAGAGAAUUAAGGGGAAGUACAGUGGUUUCACGGUCCUGUUACCCGCCAGGCAAUGUUCAGUACAGUAUAAUAUAAUUAUUCUCCCAAGUGCUGUGCAUGCCUUGGAGCCGCAAUUUGAACCUGUUGAAUAAAUGUUGAAUCUUCUGUAGUUUAUUUCUCUUUUGGUGUUUGUCUUAAUUGCCAGUUGUCUCUGUCCUCCUAUUCUCCGUAUUUUUUUCUGGAAAUUCUUGAUGAUAUAAUGUAUAAUUUUGUAAGAACAAGU